AUGGGACCGAAUGUGAAGAACAAUCCCCUUCCUCCCCAUGGAAAUCCUGAAGUCAACGCCAUUGAAGACGCUUCUGUUGGUGUUACGGUUGAGAAGGUGGAGGAUGUAAAGACUCCUUUGGUGGCAUUCCAUGCCCGAUUGGUGGAAGCUGGCCUGGUUAAUAUUGAUCAUGACAACUGUGAAGAGUGUGCCACACACCCAAAGGGAUGUCAGGUGGUACGAGACAACAUUCAAGAUCUGAUGGAUAAAGGAGUGCUUCAAGUCUCUAGUGUUGCAAAGAACGAAGACGUGUUGGUAAUUGAACCUUGUUUCAAUUUACCUGAACUGGUCGAGAUCCCAUAUUAUAGUGGUGGAGUGGUUCCAGUGAAUAGUGAGUUGUCGCCUAUCGAGAUAUGUAUGCCCGCGCCUUUUCCAUAUGAGAGCACCAAGGCCGUGCCUUGGAAAUAUGAGAUUACUGCUGUGGAUAAGGUUGUGGAAGGAAGUUCAGGCGCUGAGGUGACAAAAGCUGUAAGUGAAGACGUCACCAAUAUUGCAGGGAUAAGCAGAAUGACCCGUAGUGGUCGAGUCUAUGCGCCCGAAUUCAAUGUGACUCCUCAAGGGCCAAACAAGGAAUCAACAGUUAUAGCUCCCACUAAAGAACCCGAAGUGGUUCAAUCCGAAGAUGCUGUUGAAUUCUUGAAGUUGAUCAAGAGAAGUGACUACAAGGUUGUGGAUCAGCUGCAUCAAACGCCAUCUAAAAUCUCUAUUCUAUCUCUGUUAUUGAACUCCCAAGCCCAUAGGGAAGCUUUGUUGAAGGUGCUUGCACAAGCUCAUGUAACACAAAGCAUAACGGUAGACCAGUUUGAUGGGGUAGUUGCAAAUAUCACAGCCUGCAAUACUUUGAGCUUCAGUGGAGAGGAGUUACCUGAGGAUGGACAAAAUCACAAUCGUGCUCUCCAUAUCUCGGUAAAAUGCAAAGAUGAUGCUUUGGCAAGAGUGUUGGUUGAUACCGGAUCUUCUCUAAAUGUUAUGCCGAAGAGAACACUCGCCAAAUUAUCCUAUCAAGGACCAGCUAUGAAGCCCAGUGCCUUGGUAGUGAAAGCUUUUGAUGGGGCAGUUACCUCCACUUUACACCAAAAGAUGAAGUUUGUGGUGGACAAUCAACUAAUCAUCAUUUCUGGGGAGGAGGACUUUGUGGUUAGUCACCUUUCAUCCUUCAGGUAUAUUGAGGCUGAUGAGGACGCUUUGGAAACUUCUUUCCAGGCUCUUGAAAUAGCCAAUGCCACUUUUGUAGAGAUGAAGGACCCUGUUGGGAAAGCUUGUUCAUCUUUCACUUCUCUGAAGAGCGCAAAGUCUAGUAUUGAAGGAGGAAACCCUGAAGGUUGGGGUCAACUUAUUGAUAUUCGUGAGAAGCAUGAUCGCUUUGGUCUGGGAUAUGUGCCUUCCGCUGCGAAAGGAGCCCGAGUCCCUACAAAGGACAACACCCGAAGCAUCCAGGAAGUAUUCCUCAGCACAGGAUUCAUCCAUGGAGAUCAGGUCAAUGCAAUUGAAGAUAGCACCGAAAAUGAAGAUGAGCCAUGUUUGGUUUACCGAUGUGAGACAGCUUUGAACAACUGGAAGGCGGUUGAGAUCCCCGAAAUUUUUCCUUUGUCAUAG